AUGGUUUCCUCCACCGUCAACGUUGUCCGGUACACGGCCCUUCUUUCAGGCGUAUUCUAUGGUGUAUUGCAUCGCCGAACAUUACAAAAACAACACGACGAGGACAAGGCGCGCCACGCAAUCCAUGAGCGGGAACACCUUAUUCAUCAGGCGAAAGAGGCUUGGAAGAGGAAGCAGGAGGGCUCUAAGGAUGGUAUUAUCACCGACCCAGAAGACCCCAAAUUCGACCUCGAGAAGCUGCUGGCCAAGUGGGAGAGCGAUUUGAAGUAG